AUGACCCCAGGAUUCUCUGCCACUGCAGCAAAGCUUGCUGAGCGCUUGGCUCACCCAAACAACGAACUCAACUACCAAGAAACCCUCUCGGCAUUAUUUAGAGAACCCAUCGAUGAAAAUGCUGCCUCCAUAAUGCCUGAUAAUCUAGAUACCGUGGGCCUUCCAAGCUUGCCUCCAGGCGAAGAGCUAUUUACGGAGAUUCGGGAAUACUUCUCCUGGCUCAACUCUCUGGUACCCCUCUAUCAUGAGUUCUCGUUCUACCAAUCUCUUUAUAUGGCAUAUGAAAAAUGCGUUGGGUUCAGUACGGAGCUACUAGCAAGUAUCUAUGUUAUGAUUGCGAUGGUUCAUAGCCGAAAAGCAGGCACAAGUCUCGAACCCCAGGUCGAAAAUCAAAGGGCGUGGGCCUAUUUCAGCGCAGCGUCGUCGAUGUUCCCACAUCUAGUUAUGAUGAAUGACAAUAUGUCGUCCAUUCAAGCAAUCUUGGGAAUGGGCGAUGGGAAGGCCGCACAUCCGCUCACUACCGCGGCAUUAAGAUCCUCAUACCAAAUUGGCCUUCAUAAGCAAGACAGUGUCGUGGGCCUGGACCCAGGCUUGCUCAGACAAAGAACCCGAGUAUUCCAGAUCGCGUAUAUUCUAGAUUUGAGAAGUUGUAUUCAUAACGGAUUUCAGUCGUUACACGUUGACGAAGAAAUCGAUCGAUCCGCCAUUGAUGGUAUGGUGAUAUGCAAUCAGUUCGCCGAAAGAGACAACGGGGAUGCUACUUUCUUCCAAGCCGUCGUAUUUCUGACUCUCAUCACUUGCCGUGUAUUGCGCCAAUUCUAUUCUGAAAGGAUGAGCUCUCCGAGUAGGAUAGAGCAUAUGCUACAUACCUUUUAUCACCAGCUUGAAGGAUGGAGACAAACGGUACCCUUCCAAAUCAAAUCACCUUUCGACACCGGAACGCCGAGGCAGCAUUCGGAUUUCGCGGACACUUGGUUGCAGCUAUCUUACUAUCAUGCACUCAUGGUAGUCAACAGACUUCCCUUUCGCCGUCAAAUGGAGCAGGUCCCUUUCGCAACCGAUAUCCCAUUCCACUCACAAUAUCCGGGCGAUGUGGCAGAACCCCAGCUUCCUAUGAUUUACAAUGCUUCCAGCCUGUCUCGUGACGCUGCAAGCGCUUGUCUGAGCAUGAUUUCCAAUACCACAUGCUUCGACACCCAACUGAUAUGGGUAUUGAUUUACUACGUCUUUGAAGCCGCUUCAGUCAUUUUCACCGCCAUCUUAGAAGACAAACAGGAUCCAUCUUGUAUCGAGAACCUGAGCUUGCUUCGUUCGGCCGCAAGCUUCUUCUCCGCCCUGGUAUCACGGACUAGCUGCACACAAGGCGAGGUUUACUCGAUGUGCAAAGUCUGCAAUGGGUUUGUAGAGAUUGUAGAAAAUACAAUUAGGACCCUCCAGCCUUUCGAUUCACAAACACCUGGGAAUGACUCUGCUGCAUUCUUCGAAUGGCGAGACGAGCAGACAGUCACCCCUCAGGACUCUGCGGAACCUAUAUGGCCUUCUCGCAGUCCAAUGGUUGACAUGGGCUCCGAUCAUAUUUCCCUGUCCUCUUUUGCUGCAUUUGAAAAUUUAUAA